AAGGAAGCAAAGCAGCAGUGGCUGGGACACUACAGAUGGGUGAUGAGAUCAUUGUUAUUAAUGAUGUUACUCUUUCCGGGUUCAGACAGGAGGCUAUCUGUUUGGUAAAGGGCUCCCAUAAGACUCUAAAGAUGGUGGUGAAAAGAAGAACUGAACCAGCAUACAGACCUCAUUCAUGGCACUCAGCUAAGUUAGCAGAAAAUCGCCCAGAGGCUUCCGCACAGCAGUUUUCUUCAACCAGUGACUGCACCAGUUGGCAUUCUCGGUGUCAUGCAAGUUCCUCCUCUCAUGAUCUCUCAAGCUCCUGGGAUCAAGCAAACUUCUGCCAUAUUUCUGAACAAUGUAGUUCUCGGGGAAGUGUGGACAGUUUAGACCAGCAGUCCCAUAUUUAUCACCAUAGUAGACUUUCUUCUGCCAAGUCUAGUAGCAGCAUUGACCAUUUAGAAAACCAUAACAAGCGAGAUUCUGCAUAUGGGUCCUACUCAACAAAUUCCAGCACCCCUGACCACAUUUCAUCUAAAGCCGAAGCUAAUUCUGCAGAGAGUAUGUCAUCAAAGUUGAGCUGGGAUACAGGGCAUUAUGGAAAUGGCAGACAUGGCCAGUACUUGAUUGCAAAUAGUAGUUUAGAAAACAAACAUGAGAGUUUGCCAGAGCAUUAUGGAGCAAAGCAUGUAGAAGGUUCUAGGAUUGAGGAACAGCCCAAUACUAGAUUUUCAUUUCCUGGGAAAUCAAUUUAUGGACCUGUUUGGCAUGUUCCUGAAAAAAAAAGGAUGUCAUGUUCUUCACCUCCCCCUCAACCUCCUUUCCGCCAUGAAAGCUUAGCAACUGCUAAGGUACAUGAAAAGAAUGAUUUCUCUUCCUCUUCAGUAGCUUCUAAUAUUCAGAACUUUUCAGUAUAUAGCAAACCUCAGUCCACAUAUGACCGGAACUCAGGGAUGACAGACUACCAGCAGCAGUCAGCUCAUAUAAAUGACAGAAGUCCAGACAUAAGGAGACAUGAACACUUUACACACAGGGCAGAUGUUAAUCCAUACUAUAAUGGGCCAGGAGAUCAUUCUAAUAACUCCAGUAGACUACAGGCCUCACUGUCAAGCACUGAUGUGCGGUUUGCACAGUCUGCUUCCACUCCUCACCACCGGCAUCAGCACAGUGAUGAAACCACUUUCUUCCGGAAUAUACAAGUUCCUAUCAUACAAAAACCGCAGAAUGCAGUCUGUAACAGUAAAAUACUUGACACACCAUCCGACAGCUUUCAGUAUCACCAUUCAAGCCAUGUUUUGCAGUCAGACAGUUCAUCUUCUUUUAGUAACACUGCAGAGCAAAAAACAGAGUACACUGCUCAGAACAGGUCUUACUACAGUGCCGCAUCAAAGCAACCAACUCAGGGAAAUACUGUCUUAUCGUCAAAUAGGAAGGAAAGCUGGAUCCCAGGUAUGAGUGCAGAAGUAACUGUGGCAAAUGAAAAUGGUUCUGGUCCAACAAAGUACCGCAAAGCAAGGUACGGCAUACCUUUGCAACAGGAGUGUUUUUCUGACAAAGGUUCUGGUAAGUACCACUUUGAGGGUGGCGAAAAUAGAUCUACCACAGUUGAGGACAUUGUCCAUAAUUCAAACCAUGCUGAGCAAGAGAAUCAGAAGGACAACAGUGACUACAACUCAGAGCCAAAAUAUGUUGGUUCUAGUUUUACUCAGCAAAGUAUUUCUUUUCUAAAUGAACCAAAGAAAUUGCUUAAAGACUCCCAACUUCCUGAAGAAGAAAGUAAAAAGAUAAGCCCCCAGAGUACACCUAUGCUGCACUCCUUAGCUACAUCAAGUUUGACUGUGUCAGACUUUCACACAGAGACUGAAAGUAAGAACCACUCUCCAUUUGACAGUCCCCCAAGUAGACAGUCGCAUAAACAUGGCCGCUUUUCCACAGCUCUAAGGAAUGAAAUACAAAUGAAGCGAGCACAGCUUCAGAAGAGUAGAAGUGCAGCUAAUUUGUCAGGACCCAAUGAGGCAGAAGAAGAAGAUAUUGAAAACCAGAAUGCUGAGUCAGCAGAAAAUUUCACAUCCUCUUCAGACAGUUCAUUUUCAAGUACUUACAUAGAUAACCUGAAAGAAGUUCAAGCUAGAGUUUUGAGAGCAACAUCUUUCAAGAGACGAGAUUUAGAGCCAGUGCUAGCUGAGUUUUCAUCUAAUUCACCUGAGCAGAAAGUAAGUCUUUCCAUUAGCUCUUCCACCAUUGACCUUUCUGAAAACAGACUUUCUCCUUAUGAGGUUAGUAAAGCCACAAAGACCAACCCAACAAACAGUGGAUCUCAUAUUUUCCGUAUUGGCGGUAGGAAACGUUUUAGUAUGGAACAGAAACUUAAGUCAUACUCUGAGCCAGAAAAGAUGAAUCAAGUAGGAAUUUCUGAUGGGGAUGAUUUGACAAAAGGUUUGACUUCGUUUGCAGACAGGAGAAGAUUCUUUGAAGAGACCAGCAAACCUGUAUAUUCCAAACCUCCACCGAAACAAACAUUACUGCAUUUUCACAUGGACCAAGGAGACACUAAACUACUUAAGAAACCGUACUUGCAGGAGCCAGGUAACUUGUGGCAGGAACGAAGAGGACGUGCUGCUUCUCUUGGUGUAGGAUCCAGUUUAUCACAGGAAAAAGCCAAAGAUAUUAUUAGUCUUAGUAGUGAUAAGACUACCAGUAUGCCUUUUAAGCAUGAGACUUCAAGACUUGGCACUUUUGCCGAAUACCAGGCUUCAUGGAAGGAACAGAAAAAAUCUUCUGAAUCUAAAAAGUCAGGAAGAUAUCGUUCAGCUGACAAUAUCCUUGAUGUUGCCAUUGACGCUUUUGAAACUUCUCAGGUUGUGCAUGAGCGAUCUAGGUCAUCACCCUCUGCAGAUUUUUAUGGCAAGGAUGUUACAAGCAAAGCAAAGAGACGAGAAGAAAGCUCUACAAAGGCUGAGGACCAUCUUUCCUGUAAAAGCACAGAUGUUUGCAAUGUAUCUGUAAGCUUUUCUUCUAAGCUUACUGUGUCACUUCAGCCUACUUUUGAUGUAGAGUCAGUUUGCAGCAGCUCGUCAUUGCCACAGAGACCAGUCAACACAACACAGAAGAAAGAACAUCCAGAAGAAAAGGGUCCUGUAUUUGACCAGAGCCUGGAAGACCAAAGAAGGAAGUCAUCCAUUCAAUUAUCCCAGUCUCGGGAACAACUACCUCCUCCUCAGGAAAAUAGAGGACGUUCCAUUACUUUACCUAGCAACUACUCAUACACACAGGAAGAACCCGAAGUUAAAGAGAGGCAUAGAAGUGGUGCCCAGCCAUCUUACUCUGAUAGUCAUUCAGUGCCUGAAACCCGUUUUUUGUCACAAAGUCACCUGGAAGACAUUCCAUUGCCAUCUGGACCAAUUAAGAAGAAAGGUCCUGCUCCUCCUCAGAGGCCACCUCCUCCCAAAAUAGAAAAAUAUAGACCUCAGCACAUCUCUAAGUCACCACUGUCUGCAUCUUCUGAAUCACUGCUAACAAUUCCCAGUAGAAGAAGUAACCCUCAUUCACCAGGUAAAGCUGAGCUGCAGUCAGUUCCAAAAACUGUAUCACUGGCUGAUAAUCUAAACAGCAGUCAGCUGCAAGAAUCUCACCAGAUCAGGGUUUUAGAGAAUGAACGACAGCUUGCCCAGUCUGGAGCUAGUGAGCCUUCAGUGAACAGAAAGCAUCAAAAUAUACAAAAGCUGCCCAUGGAAGCAUCAAGAUCCCCUUCACCUCAGUUUGCACCACAGAAGCUUACAGAUAAACCACCUUUAUCUAUUGAUGAUGCUCCAACAAGAAUUGAAAAAGUAAUGGAAAAUAACACCACUGUGAAGAUGGUUCCCAUCAAGAUUGUACACUCUGAAAGUCAUGCAGAAAAAGAGAGAAGGCAGAAUUUUUUGAACAAUAUUGAAUUGCCCAGUUUGCCUCCCAGCCUGGAAAAGGAUCAGAUCAAAACACUCAGUACAUCAGAGCAGUCCUAUUCUCUUUUCUGUGCGUAUACUAGGCAAGGACAGGAGUCUGCAGUUGGACAGAAAGGUAUCCCAGGCAAGAAGGCAAAUGAAACAUUAGAAAAGGAGCUGAAAGACACAGAGUCUGCAGGUGCCAUAUCCAGCUCUGUGAAGAGUAAGGAAAAAAACAUUGAAGAUUUAAAAUCUGAAGAACUGGCUAGAGAAAUUGCAGGUAAAGAUAAGUCACUGGCUGACAUUUUAGACCCCAGUAUAAAAAUGAAGACCACAAUGGACCUAAUGGUGGGGAUUUUUCCAAAAGAUGAACAGCUCUUAGAAGAAGCUCAACAACGACGAAAGCUGCUCCCAAAGCUUCCCUCUCCGAUGGUUGCAGAGGAAAAUGCUAAAAAAGAAGAGCAGCCACUGGUAUCAGCAACGUCUCUGACAUCCAGUUCUGCAUAUUACAAUAUAUCUGCACCAAAGGCUGAACUACUUAAUAAGAUGAAGGAUAUGCAGCAGCAGAUUGAGGAGGCCUCCGAAGAGGAACUGGACCAUGACCUCUCUGAUAAAAAGCAAGAACUCAUUGACAGCAUCAGUAGGAAGCUCCAAGUGUUGCGAGAAGCACGAGAAAGUCUUUCUGAAGACAUUCAAGCAAACAACAUGUUAGGAGAGGAAGUUGAGGUGAUUGUCAGAGAGGUCUGCAAAUCGAACGAGUUUGAUAAGUUUAGGAUGUUCAUCGGAGAUCUGGAUAAGAUCGUUAACUUAUUGCUGUCCUUGUCUGGUCGCCUUGCCCGAGUGGAAAAUGCCUUGAGUAAUUUGGAUGAAAAUGCCUCUUCAGAUGAACGGCGCACCCUCACAGAGAAGCAGAAGCUACUAACAAGGCAGCAUGAAGAUGCAAAAGAGCUGAAGGAGAACUUGGAUCGACGUGAGCGCAUUGUCUAUGAUAUCUUGGCCAAUUAUCUUAGUGAAGAAAACCUAGCAGAUUAUGAGCACUUUGUGAAAAUGAAGUCUGCACUCAUCAUUGAACAGAGAGAACUUGAAGAUAAGAUCAAGCUUGGUGAAGAACAGCUGAAAUGUUUAGUAGAAAGCCUACCCAGUGACCGAGCAAAAUGAAAUGAGGACAUUACCACACCCACCUUACCCUCACUAUACCAUCUUUCAACAAGACUCGGCAAUGUAACGUGUGUGCUGGGCCAGUGGCCAAGUGUGUCUUUGUGUUUGUGAUGUGUUAGCUGUCACUGUCUACUAGAUAGAGUGCCACACUACAGUGCUGCUGCAGCAGCGACCAGUGUACUUUUAGCAAUAAGCCCUAGUGAAGCUGUAUAGUGGAUGAGCUUUGUUUUGUUAUACUAUACCUGUUUUUGCAUGCUCCUAUUUUAAUGCCAGUUAGUCAGAUUCUUCUACUUGUGGACAUUGCUUUAUGCAGAGAGCAGUACUGUAAUUUCCAAUGUAUUUUUUUUAAGAGAUAUAUAUGUUUCUUACUGUUUUGAAGGUCACUGUUUUGUUUUAAAAAUACACAAACUGAAGUUAAAAAUAACUAAAUAAAUACAUAAGAUGUGGCACUACAAGGUCAGACUUGGAGUAUUUAAACGGCAGUGCCAACAACAUUCUGUCCAUAUGAUAAUUUCUUGGGGGAAGCAGCAAUAAUGUUUAUAGCUUUUGCUGUAACUAGUCCUGGUUGGUACACUUCCUUUUGUAGCUAGCUAAUAAUGUACCUUGUCUGGUAGGAUGGUGUUUUAUGGAAGACUGAGUUCACAGUACAAAAUGCUGGUGUGUUCUGUUUGAGUUAACGGUUUGGCAUUAAAAUAGGAUGAGAAAAUUGAUGCCUUCCCUUUUUACUGUUCUUUCAUUCCGUCAGCUUCUCGGUGCAACCAUACUAUGUGCUUUGUCCUGCUGUGGUUUUAUCUGUACCCUUCUAAAAAUCUUCCUUGGAAAUGUGGUAUGAUGGUAUUGAUGUAGCUUAUUUUUAUGAAUGUUAACUUAUUGUCCUGUUGUGAAAUGACUCCAAUAAAGUAUCAUGAGUUGUCAACAGUGUUAUUUAGAACCAGGGUAUUAAACUGCUAUCAGGUCACUUGACCAUAGCUGUUCGAUUAUGCGUUUUGUGAAAGAAGUACCUAAUCCUCAGACUAAAGGAAUACAUUAUAGUUCUGUUUUUGUGUUGAUGUUAUAUUUUUUUUCUAUGGAAUUGCAAAUUGACCAGGUACUUAAACUGGUCAUUGCUUACCAACAAGAAGUUUGAGCGUAUAGGGACAGAAAAAUUGUAAUUUGCAACAAUUGUUAGUAUGAGAAGCAGAUACCCUGGACUUUUUAUUUCAGAGAACUAAACUGAACUAGUUAGAAAAAAACAGCUAAAAACAAGAAAGCUUGUGCAAGUAUGCACAGUUAAGUAGUUUGCAUUUCACUGAAUCAUGCAUUUCAGACCUGCUGUUGUUAGUAACUACCUUACAGUUUGUGUGCACAUGCAUGUGUAUCAGUUAUCGAAUGAUCAGCCCCAUCUUAGACCUUUUUUAUCGUAGAAGUUAACAAAAUUAGCAGUAUUGAGUGAAUAAUACAGCUAGUGAGAUAAAUACUCAUGAUAAUUAAGGAUUAAGCUUGCAAAAUUUGUUUUGAACUCUACAGUUCAUUUAAGACCUUGUUUAAUUCUGUAUUGCAAGUUCAUAUUUUUUUACUGCUCUGCACUAUUUAGUUAUAGUCGGAAUUAUGUGCACUGAAUAUUUUAUGUUGCGCUACAUAGCUGCAGAAGAAGCUGCCAGCACCACUACUUAACUGAGGUCCAGAACAAAUAAGCACAAAUAAUUAAUUUUCAAGGACAUAGCAUUCCAUGAGUAGUCUGUAGCAGUUUUUUGUCUGUGUAUGCUUUUUAGUUUUCAGACUUUCCACUAUACAAACUAAUAUGUAUAGGUCUAUGCAGUAGCAUGUGACCGUACUCAUUUUGUAUGCAGAUCAUCGCCAGUGACUUAAUGUUCUGCAAAUCUGUGCCAUCCAUUAUUAUAAGGGAGUUACACAACUCCAUGCUGAAGGUCUGGAAAGCUAAGCAUAGUCACCUGUGGUAGCAUUAAGACACAUUUUGAUCGUGUUUAAAAAUAUUUUAACAAUGUAAUUUUUAUUGUAUGGAAUUUGGUUUUAAUAAGCACAGAUACUCUGGAAUGUGAAUAAUGUUUUAUUUCCAAAGUGUAAAUAUAUAUAUGAAUUAGGUUCUAACCUCUGGUGGGGGGGGGGGGCUUUGUAUUAUCUGUUGUCAGCAUGCUUGGUUUUGUACCCCCAACUACAGGCCUUUCUAGAAAGAAUUUACAUUUUUGUCGUGGUUAUCUAAUGUAAUGUUGCUGUUACUAUGUAUAAAUCUGUAUAUGUAUAUAUAAAUGUAUGUGUGUGUGUGUGUGUAUAUAUAUAUAUAUGUGUAUAAAGCUCUAUGACUUAUUUGCUGUUUCUGGUCCUGGUGCUAUUAUUUGUGAUGUAUGCUUUGUCCAUGUAACUGCUAACUCUUCGCCUUUUUCUUUGUUGCAGGCAUUUUCUAUUGCAGGGAAAUUAUGUCCCAUAGACUGAAGGAGAUUAUUUGAAAAUUCCAGCUUAAUAUGUGUGUAUUCUGUACAGUCUUAAUGAAAAUGUGUACUACACUACUCAUUGUUCUUAAAGCAAUAAAACUGGAUGUUAUUUAAAUGUA